AUGAGUGUGGACGAGGACGCCCGCUGGCUGGAGUGGGUCACCAAACAGUUUGAGAGCAUCGCCGGGGACGACAAAGAGAUCGACAUCGAUGAGUUUAAAACGGCUCUCAAAGUCAAAGAGUCUUUCUUUGCGGAGCGUUUCUUUGCGCUGUUCGACUCGGACGGCAGCGGCUCCAUCAGUCUGGACGAGCUGCUGAAAGCUCUGGACCUGCUGAUCCACGGCAGUGAGACGGAUAAACUCAAGUUCCUGUUCCAGGUCUACGACGUGGACGGCAGCGGCUCCAUCGACCCGGACGAGCUGCGGACGGUUCUGAAAUCGUGUCUGCGCGAGAGCGCCAUCUCUCUGCCGGAGGAGAAGCUGGACGACCUGACGCUGGCGCUGUUCGAGUCGGCCGACCGAGACAACAGCGGAUCUAUCACCUUCGAGGAGCUCAAGGCCGAGCUGGAGAACUUCCCCGAGGUUAUGGAGAACCUCACCAUCAGCGCUGCUAACUGGCUGAAGCCCCCGGCGGCGGCGGACCAGAAGAAGCGGCGUGCGCCGCGGUACCUGACGCGCGCCUACUGGCAGAACAACAGCAGGAAGCUGUUCUUCCUCUGCCUGUACGCCGUGGUCACCGUGCUGCUGUUCACCGGCGCCAUGCUGCAGCAUCGCCACGGCGGCGCCUGGUUCAUGGUGGCCAAGGGCUGCGGCCAGUGCCUCAACUUCAACUGCACCUUCAUCCUGGUUCUGAUGCUGCGGCGCUUCCUGACGUGGCUGCGGGCCACGUGGGUGGUGCGGGUCUUUCCUCUGGACCAGAACAUCCUGCUGCAUCAGAUCGUGGGCUACGCCAUCCUCUGCUUCACGCUGGUGCACACCACCGCGCACGUCUUCAACUUUGUGCAGCUCUCGGAGCACAGUGGCUUCUCUCUGUGGGAGUACCUGCUGACCACGCGUCCCGGCGUGGGCUGGGUCAACGGGACGGCCUCUCUGACCGGGGUCGUCCUGCAGCUCGUCAUCUUCCUCAUGGUGCUCUGCUCCAGCACCUUCGUACGCCGCAGCGGACACUUCGAGGUGUUCUACUGGUCUCACCUGUCCUACGUGUGGGUCUGGGCUCUGCUUGUGGUUCACUGUGCAAACUUCUGGAAGUGGUUCCUGGUUCCGGGACUGAUCUUCCUGCUGGAGAAGAUCGUAGGAAUCGCUGUUGCCCGUAUGGGAGGACUUCACAUCGUGGAGGUCAACCUGCUGCCGUCCAAGGUGACUCACCUGGUGAUCAAACGUCCGGAGUUCUUCCACUUCAAACCGGGAGAUUACGUCUACAUCAACAUCCCCGAGAUCGCCAAGUACGAGUGGCACCCGUUCACCAUCAGCAGCCCUCCGGAGCAGUCCGACAGUCUGUGGCUCCACAUCCGCUCCAUGGGCCAGUGGACCAACCGCCUCUACGAGUACUUCAGGCAGCCGCAGAGAGAGGAGGUCAGCCCCAAGAGGCUCGCUGCCAGCCUGAGGCACCGCAGACAGCUGACCAGGGCACAGGUUUCUGCCAAGUUUGGUGAGAAUCACAGAUUCUGCAACAUCAAGUGUUAUGUAGACGGACCGUAUGGGACCCCUACGAGACAGAUCUUUACCUCUGAGCACGCAGUCCUGAUCGGGGCUGGUAUCGGGAUCACACCGUUCGCCUCCAUCCUGCAGAGCAUCAUGUACCGAUACCGCAUGAGGAAGCAGAACUGUCCCAACUGUAACUACUCCUGGUGUGAAAACAUUAAAGACGGCGAGAUGUUGUUACGCAAAGUCGACUUCAUCUGGAUCAACAGAGACCAGAAGUCGUUUGAAUGGUUUGUUAGUUUACUGACCAAACUGGAGAUGGACCAGGCAGAUGAAGAGCCAGAAGGCCGGUUCCUGGAGAUGCACAUGUACAUGACGUCGGCUCUCAGUAAGAACGACAUGAAGGCCAUCGGCCUGCAGAUGGCGCUGGACCUGCUCGCCAAGAAGGAGAAGAGAGACUCCAUCACGGGCCUCAGGACCAGAACCCAACCCGGACGACCGGAGUGGGGGAAGGUGUUCCAGAAGGUGUCGGAGGAGAAUAAAGGAAAGGUCCACGUCUUUUACUGCGGCGCUCCGGCUCUCGCUAAAACCAUCAAAGCUCAGUGUGAACGCUUCGGCUUCAACUUCUACAAGGAGCACUUCUGACACAAGCUGGCCUUUCAAUUAACUUUAUUAGUCAUCACCAGCCAACGCAACCUGGCCUUUCAAUUAACUUUAUUAGUCAUCACCAGCCAACACAACCUGGGCUUUCAAUUAACUUUAUUAGUCAUCACCAGCCAACACAACCUGGGCUUUCAAUUAACUUUAUUAGUCAUCACCUGCCAACACGGCUAGUAGAUGUUUAAAGUUACCAGCUAAUCAGAUUCUCCACUAGCCACCCAUCCACACACACAGACAGACACACACACCCACACACAUAUAUACACACACACACACACACAUACAUAG